CCGACGAAUUGAGUAUCUCCUCGCCAAAGGACUCAUCCGACCAUCCACUUCGCCAUACGGUACCCCAGUACUCUUCACACCGAAACCGGACGGAAGCCUGCGCAUGUGCAUCGACUACUGAGCUCUCAACAAGCAGACCAUCAAGAACAAAUACCCGAUUCCACGAAUCGAUGACCUGCUUGACCAGCUUCGGGGAGCUACGGUAUUUUCAAAACUAGAUCUGUGAUCCGGAUGCUGGCAGAUAA